CAGCUCCGCCCCGAGGCUCCGCCCCCAGCUGCCUGGGGUAGGGUGGCGGCUGGGCCAGCCGGGCCCCCCUGCCCUCCGCCCUGGGUGCUCGGUUGGAGCUGGCCAGGCGCGGCAGGACGGGGCGAGCGCGGCGGCGCGGGCCUCCGAGGUGAAGAUGGCAUCAGGCAGACGCGCCCCGCGCAACGGGUUGCUGGAGCUGCGCGCCGGGGCGGGCUCGGGGGCCGGCGGCGAGCGGUGGGGCGCCACCGAGCCGGGCGCGGCGCCCCCGCAGCUGCCCGAGGCACUGCUGCUCCAGCGGCGCCGCGUGACGGUGCGCAAGGCGGACGCCGGCGGGCUGGGCAUCAGCAUCAAAGGGGGCCGAGAGAACAAGAUGCCCAUUCUCAUUUCCAAGAUCUUCAAGGGGUUGGCAGCUGACCAGACAGAGGCCCUCUUUGUGGGGGAUGCUAUCCUGUCUGUGAAUGGUGAAGACCUGUCCUCUGCCUCCCAUGACGAGGCGGUGCAAGCCCUCAAGAAGACAGGCAAGGAGGUAGUGCUGGAGGUCAAGUACAUGAAGGAGGUCUCACCAUAUUUCAAGAACUCUGCCGGUGGGACCUCGGUCGGCUGGGACUCGCCUCCUACCUCACCCCUUCAGCGGCAGCCUUCCUCCCCUGGCCCUCAAUCCCGCCACCUCAGUGAGGCCAAGCACGUGCCCUUGAAGAUGGCAUAUGUCUCAAGGAGGUGCACCCCCUCUGACCCGGAGUCCAGGUACCUGGAGAUCUGUGCGGCAGAUGGUCAAGACACCCUCUUCUUGAGGGCCAAGGAUGAAGCUAGUGCAAGGUCAUGGGCAGGUGCCAUCCAUGCCCAGAUCAACGCUCUGAUGCCCUGGGUCAAGGAUGAGCUGCAGGCAUUGCUGGCAGCCGCAGGCACAGCUGGGAGCCAGGACAUCAAGCAGAUUGGCUGGCUGACUGAACAGCUGCCCGGUGGGGCCACAGCCCCUAACCUGGCCCUACUGACUGAAAAGGAGCUGCUCCUCUACAGUGGUCUCCCCCAGACCCGGGAGGCCCUGAGCCGGCCGGCCCACACUGCCCCACUCAUCGCCACCAGGCUGGUACACUCAGGCCCCUCCAAGGGCUCGGUGCCCUAUGACGCAGAGCUCUCUUUUGCCCUGCGCACGGGCACGCGCCACGGCGUGGACACGCACCUGUUCAGUGUGGAGUCACCGCAGGAGCUGGCUGCCUGGACCCGGCAGCUGGUGGAUGGCUGUCACCGGGCCGCUGAGGGUGUACAGGAGGUGUCCACAGCCUGCACAUGGAACGGCCGUCCCUGCAGCCUCUCCGUGCACAUUGACAAGGGCUUCACACUGUGGGCAGCUGAGCCAGGUGCAGCUCGAGCUGUGCUGCUUCGACAGCCCUUUGAGAAGCUGCAGAUGUCCUCAGAUGAUGGUGCCAGUCUCCUUUUCCUGGACUUUGGGGGUGCUGAAGGCGAGAUCCAGCUGGACCUGCACUCGUGUCCCAAAACCAUGGUCUUCAUCAUCCACUCCUUUCUCUCGGCCAAAGUCACCCGCCUGGGGCUCUUGGCCUAGAAGUCACCAGAUGUACUAGCCAGGAAGAGGGGGCAUCCACCUGGCCUGACCUGGCCCUCUGCCAACUGCCCUCUGCCGACUGCCUGCUCACUGCUGGGCUGAGGGGAAGGAGAGGAGAGGAGCACGGGCCUCAGAGACCCAGCCCCUGAGGGAGGCUGAGUUGGUCUUGGGGACCAGGACCUGGGACCCAGGACACAGUGGACCCUGCCUGUGAGGGGCAGCCUUUCUGCUGCCCUCUUCCACCAGUGCCUUUUGCAGAGAGAUAUUUUGUGUACACAGAAGCCAUUCCGAGCCUGGGACCUGCCCAUGUGUGGGUCUGACCCCAGCCCACUGCUGAGCUGCCAGGCUUCCCAGAGGCCUUGAAGUCACCCCCUUCAGAGGCCCCAUCCGAAGCUGGAGUCUCCUGGGUUAGCGGCAAGAGAAAGAAGAGGAGCCUUUCUGUUCACUUUUCCCUUCACUCACCGCCUUGGGACACCACAGUUCUUCUCUUCAUCCCCUCUCUCUCCACCUCACUCUUGGGUAAUAAACAGCCUGCGAGCACACAGGCAGAUCGGCCA